AUCCAUCCAUUUGGUCCCUCACAGACCACCUUUGCGUUGCGGCGCUAUGGAGAGAUCCGAGGCAACUCAAACUGCAGUAGCUUUCUAAGCUGUUGCGCAUGUUUAUUUCGGCUAGUAGCCAUGGCUCGGUUCGCUACCCUGCUUCUUUUACCGGUUCUCAUUGAAUCGGUAUUAUCAAUUUCAUUCUUUUUACCGGUAAAUUCAAGGAAAUGUUUACGGGAAGAGAUCCACAAAGACGUGCUGGUCACGGGGGAGUAUGAAAUCAGCGACCAGUCCAACACAAAGACCAACCUGAAGAUCACAGACUCGUCGGGACACAUCCUAUACUCAAAGGAAGGUGCAACGAAAGGGAAGUUUGCCUUCACGACAGAGGAUUAUGACAUGUUUGAAGUGUGCUUUGAGAGCAAAUCGCCCAUGGGAACUGGGAGGAUCCCCGACCAGCUGCUUAAUCUGGACAUGAAGCACGGAGUGGAGGCCAAGAACUAUGAAGAGAUCGCCAAAGUGGAGAAGCUGAAGCCGCUGGAGGUGGAGCUAAGGCGACUGGAGGACCUAUCAGAAUCCAUCGUCAAUGACUUUGCCUACAUGAAGAGGAGGGAGGAGGAGAUGAGGGAUACCAACGAGUCCACCAACACACGCGUCCUGUACUUCAGCAUCUUCUCUAUGUGCUGUCUGAUUGGCUUGGCCACCUGGCAGGUCUUCUACCUGCGACGCUUCUUCAAGGCAAAGAAGCUGAUUGAGUAGAGAGGCAUCACCACUACACCCAGGGGGAGCAGCCAAUGCUACCCGAUCAACCUUCAUCCUCCUCGGACUAUGGCUUUGUCCAAAAUGACACCCUGUAUAGUGAACUACUUUUGACCAGAGCCUCCAUAGGCUGAAGUUUUUGCCUGAAAGACCAGUAGACUCUAGUCAAAAGUUGUGCAUUAUACAGGGAAUAACCAGGGCACCGUUUCGGACCUAUCCAAUAAUGACAAAACAAAGGGUUGUGCAGAACAACUCUACUAGUUUCGGUGGUGUGAGACGGCACCAAGGAGUAGCCUAUUCUCUGAAAACUAUACACACCUGUGGCUCAUUCAGCAGAGUGAAAUUAUUGUCUCUAUAUAUUUUUUUUUUAAAGGUAGAAAUGUAGAAUGUACACAGAUUUAUCAUCAGAGAGCGAGAAUGUUCCAUGUGUUGUUUCUAAUUUACAUUUCUCAGAUUGUCAUUUAAUGUGUACCGUUUGAUUUGAAGUUAUGUUUAUUUAGUUGGGAUGAAUGGUUGCCCCCUUGAGAGAAUGUCUAUGGCCCUUUAUAUCGUUAUACAAAGUCUUUGGCCAUGCCAAGCGAGCUAAAGGCUAUAGUGUGCUGGGCGUCGCCAAAAUGGCACCCUAUUCCCUAUAUAGUGCACUACUUUAGACCAGGUCCCAUAGGGCUCUGGUCAAAGCAUUGCAAUAGGGUGCCGUUGGAGAUGUACCUUUUUAUAUUGUUGCCCUUUUUAAGUGAAGCCUUUUUAUCGAACAGCGGGUGGAAUGUGGUAUAACUCAAAAGAGAGAAACUAUGGCAACCACGGAACUUCUUCUGUGCUUAGUCGGUUAAUUCAUUUGAAUACUGUGUUUGGUAACUAAAUUUGACAGCGUCUUUUAGUUUGUUUUGAUUUUGUAAACGCUAUCGCAGGGAAGGUAUUUUUGGGGGAGAGGGUUUCAUACGUUUUCAGGGAAUGAAUGGUUGGUUGUCUUAGAUGGCACCCUAUUCCAUAUUAAAGUGCAUUGGGCCCUGGUUAAAAGUAGUGCACUAUUUAGGGAAUUAGGCUGUAAUUUUGGACGCGGUAAAUAUAAUUUUGAAAACUAGGUCAUUUCUAGAAGAACACUUUGUUGCUAGUUUUUUUAUUUUAUUUUAAGAUGUACAAAAGAUAACAGCCACGCAUCUACAUUGCCAUCUGAAUGUGUUUUACGUCGAGUAGUAGUUCCCUGUAUGAAUUGCUCUUCCUCUUCUGAGAACCCUUGAAUCUGGCUAUUAGAACCUGACUCACAAAUGCAUGUCAAACCUUUUGUUACUUUAAAAAAAGGGCAGACAUGUAUACUAUCAUCAACAUCAGGAUAGUAGGAUUGUAGUGCCAUUUUACAUGCUAGCUUUGCAUCGGUGGUAGUUUUGUAAGUAACAUGGAAAAUAUCCUGACUCUUCCUUGGAUGUGUUCCAUUUGAGCAGGCUAGUGUAUUUUAUUUUAUUUUUGCAAUUUCAGGGGAAAUGAUUUGCUUCUUUAGCCUGGUCCCAGAUCUGUUUGUUUGCCAAUGGGAGUUGACAAAGCAAGACAACACAAACAGAUCUGGGUCCAGGCUAUUGCUCAUUGAUUUUUGGGGAUCGAUUUAAAAUUACAACACUUAACAUCCAAGAUCCUAGCCUGAGUGCCACACUCUUUGUGCUAUCAUGGCAACUCCUUGUCAGGUUUGGUGUGACAAGGACGGUAAUUGAGGUAGUAAGAGUACACACCGAUCUGCGACCAGGCUUUCAAGAUCCAUAUCCAAAAUUAUUUCGGAGAUAAUUAUGGGGUCUGGUUUACAUGAGGGUUUGGAGUUGGUUAAAAGAUAUGCUAACUAUUUUUUUGUUUUGUUGUCACUGUCAUUAAGCUACUGCAUUAAUCAAUUAUGUGGUGUACAUCCAUUUUUUUUAAACAGUGAACAUUUUCUAUGUUUUCAGUCAAUGAUUUCUAUGUUGAUUGAGAUCAAUUUGGAAAAGGUUUGUGUUAGGCUUUUAUUCAAUAAAAUAUUGGAUGGAUUUACCCCAAAAAAA